GUUGGAUCGAGAAUGACGAAGAAGCGACGGCAGUCCGACCCAUCGAGCGGCGAUGGCGUGUUGCGAUCCAUCGAGAUGCUUCGAGUGGUGUUUAGUUACCAAGGAGGCAUCUACUACGACUUUAUGACCCUGCAUGAGUCGAUGACACCGUUCCGACGCGUCCGCCGCGGCGAAGCGCUUGCUCAGCCGAUGGAAGACCGACAUCCAGACGACCAUGCCCUCCUUCACUCCAUUUUGCGAGCAUGGUUCCAAUCACAUCAGUCCUGUUCACACACUCUCUUUAAGAUGUUGGGGUGUAUGCACUACAUGCGCUCCCUCGUGGCGUUCUACGCUGUGUGCGAUGGCAACCUCCCACUCGUCGCACAACUCCACGAUGUGUUGGGAAUUGGAUCCUUCGAAGGCCCACUUCUCGAUCUUGCUGCCCGGCAUGGCCAUCUUCACGUGUUGAAGUUUCUUCAUGAGCAUAGACAUCAAGGCUGUUCCUCCACCGCCAUGGACGCUGCCGCGAAGUACGGGCAUCGAGAAAUUGUCACCUUCUUGCAUUUCCACCGCACGGAGGGCUGCACGACAGAUGCCAUGGACGACGCCGCCGCCGGUGGCUUUGACGACAUCGUGCUCUUCCUGCAUGUGUUCCGUACCGAAGGAUGCACGUCCGCGGCGAUGGACCGCGCGGCGACCGCCGGCCACUUCGAUACCGUCAUGACGUUGCACAAUACGCAAGCAGUUUGCUCGAGUGACGCCGUCGAUGGCGCCGCCCUUGGCGGGCAUCUUCGAAUUGUGAUUCUUCUGCUACUCGUGCGCCAAGAAAGGGCCACGCCGCGCGCGCUUAUGUAUGCCGCACGCCGCGGCGACCUCCCCAUGGUCAAAUUUAUCUACUCCCAUUUGCGCGAUGGGUUGUCGUUUGCUGACAUGAAACAGAUCAUCGAUCGCACGCGGGACACUCAAGUCCUGUCGUUCCUCGGUGGGAUCUCACUGCUUCCAUUCUCCGACGACGACGAAGAUUAAAUCCACCCGACUGCCCUUCUCCACAUCUCCUCGUCCAGUUCACAGUGAUGAUAUCGCUGAAGCAUUUGGAAAGAUUUUGAGAGAACAACCUGAACCUGGGCCUCCGUCUCCAGUGCGAAGAACCGGCAUGAUCACUGCAGACACUGCUGCGUUCAGUUGUGUCGCAAGAUGGGUGGUGUGACGGCCGCAUGCAGCGGUGGUGAACUCGUGCCACUUCUCUCUCGCAUCAAUCUACAAUUCGUUCCACCAUCUUUGGCCAACAUGGCGCCGCGUCAUCGAUUCAUCCAGUCUCCCACACCAGUAGUCAUCGAUAAUCGAUUCACCCCGUUGCACCUACGAUUGCGC